UCUCCCAAUGGAAUCCUGCUCUUCCGAGAGACCAGUAAAAUGAUCACGACCUACGGGAAUCGCAUCCUGACGCUGGGGGAGGUCCCCAAGGAUCAGGUCUACGCCCUGAAGCUCAAGGGCAUCUCCAUCUGCUUCUCCAUGCUGAAGGCAGCGCUGAGCGGCAGCUACGUCAACUUCGGGGUGUUCCGGCUCUACGGGGACGACGCCCUGGACAACGCCCUGCAAACCUUCAUCAAACUGCUGCUCUCCAUCCCCCACAGCGACCUCCUG